CGAUAAUUAAAAAAAAACCCCACCUCUCCCAUCCGCCAUUGUUUCAAGCAACAACAAAAAAAAUGCAUCGUGCUCGCCAGCCGUACACGAAAUCGUCUCCGGCCGAAUGAUAUCGAAUCAUACGUUCUUCUUCCAGCUUUCUCGAUCUUCCAUUUCCUCGCAGUUAUUUUUCACCCAAUUGAUGCUCGGGGAAUAUAUUCGUCCCCUGUUUCUGUAAAAAGGUUGCGGUCUCGGCCGUGAUUCGGCUCCCCGUGGCGUGAACCGCCGGGGAUUUGUUCGGCGAUGAUGACGUUUGCUUCCGGCGAGGAGGCCGUCUCUGCGAAGCAGCCUGCGGGGGAUCGCAAUGGGGCGUAUUAUGUGAAAUUGAGGAACGAUGAAUUGGAGGAGAGCUGCGGGGACUGCAUCGUCCGGGAUUCUCCGGCGUCUUCCGAGGCGGUGGUGGUGGUGGAGGCGGCGGGGGCAUGUGAGGUCGGUGGGCGGUGGUGGUGGUCCUUGUGGUGGUGGGCCAAACUGCUCCUCUUGCUUGUCUUUGUUGGGGUUCUGGCCGCCGUUUUUCUCAUAUGGGUCGGGCCCUUCUUCAUGGAUAAGGAAAUCAUCCCCAUAAUUAAUUGGGAGAUGAAAACUUUCAGUACACCAGUUCUAGCAGUUUUAGUUUUUUCUUCGGUAUCACUUUUUCCUGCUUUGCUUUUGCCUUCUACACCCUCCAUGUGGGCGGCAGGAAUGACUUUUGGAUAUGGGUAUGGAUUUCUACUAAUAAUUGGAGGUGCAGCUAUUGGGGUAUCACUUCCAUAUUUCGUAGGAUACCUUUUCCGCCGCAGAAUCCAAGGAUUUCUAGAAAGGUACCCAAAACAUGCUUCAAUGAUUAAACUAGCGGGGGAAGGGGACUGUUUUAAUCAAUUUCGAGCUGUGGCAUUGAUCAGAAUAUCUCCUUUUCCAUACAUCGUAUAUAAUUACUGUGCAACGGCUACGGGAGUGAAGUAUGUUCCCUAUUUGCUGGGUUCUCUGAUUGGCAUGUUGCCAGAGAUAUUUGUUGCUAUUUAUACUGGCAUUCUGAUAAAGACAUUGGCGAAUGCUUCGCAUGACCAACGUUCCCUGUCAGCUCCGCAGAUCAUUUUCAAUGUUUUUGGGUUCUGUCUCACGGUGGCCACCACUGUACUCAUCACAGUCUAUGCAAAACGGCGGCUCAAGCAGCUGCAGGACGACGAGGAACUACUGCUGUAAUAAAUGCACUCCUGCUGCUAAUACAUCUAUACAUACACAUAUUACAAGUAAAGAUGGGAUUGUAGU